UGCAUCAAAAGCAAAACAAAAAACAAAUAAUCUAUCAACAAUUUACAACUGCAUGUAUGGAAAAAAUAAAGCCAUGAAGUCGAUGUUUCAUUAGUUUGUUUGUUCGUUGACGAUGAGAAGUAGGAAACACAAAAAUCCUAUCGAUCACGUUCAUUUCUUCUUUUUCCCUUGUAUACAAUACGAUGGCAUCAAAGCAGACAUAUAGCACCUGUAUAACCUGCAAAUAGAAGAAAAGGAAAAUAUCGUCAAAUGCUGAUUUGUAAACGCAAAAAGAAAACCAGUUCUUCAACAAGUCUUCAUUCGUCCAUUAAUUGUUUUUCGUUGUCCAUGAUACAUGAAACGUUGUACAAUUUCGUUAUGUAUUCAAAAAACAUGUAAUCAACAAUCGAAUCCAUUUUCAUCGUGACCAUAUUGUAAUAAUCGUAACAAAAAUUGACUUGUUCAUUCAACAACAUCAUGGAAAACAAACAAAAUCAUAAUCAUAAUCAUCAUCUUCAAUGGCCAGAUUAUCUGGUAUUCAUUAGCAUGUUAUUAAUCUCAUUAUUUAUCGGAAUCUAUCAUCGUAUGACUGGUGGACGACAAAAGACAACUGCCGAAUAUCUUUUAGCUGAUAAAUCGAUGGGUAUACUGCCGGUAUCAUUUUCAUUGAUGGCAAGUUUCAUGUCGGCUAUCACAUUAUUGGGCGUUAGUGCUGAAAUUUAUUUUUAUGGUGCCCAAUUCAUUUUGAUUAACAUAUCAUAUAUAAUCGGCACACCGAUUGCCGCCUAUGUCUUCCUACCGAUAUUUUAUAAACUCAAAUUGACCAGUGUUUAUGAGUAUCUAGAAUUACGAUUCAAUCGUUCAAUACGUAUAUUGGUAUCGGUCAUAUUCAUUUUACAGAUGAUAUUCUACAAUUCAAUCGUUCUUUAUGCGCCAUCAUUAGCAUUAAGCGCCGUGACCGGUGUCAAUCGAUGGACAUCGAUCUUUUCCGUUGGUAUUGUCUGUACUAUUUAUUGUACAAUUGGCGGCAUGAAAGCUGUAUUAUGGACUGAUGUUUUUCAAUCAUUCCUAAUGUUUUUCUCAAUGCUUGCAAUCAUUAUCAAAGGAUCUAUCGAUGUCGGUGGUUUAAAUGUUGUUUUUGAACGUGCAAUGAAUGGAUCACGAUUGGAAUUUUUCAAUUUCAAUCCAGAUUUGACCGAACGUCAUACAGUAUGGGGCUUGGUAUUUGGUUCCAUUUUCAUCUAUACCUCAAUCUAUGGCGUUAAUCAGGCACAAAUUCAACGAUUAAUGACUGUAAAAAAUCUUCGUAAAUCUCAGCAAGCCAUGUUUAUUAGUUGGCCAUUAACAUCAUUGAUCAGUGUGGUCACCGCACUCACCGGUCUUGUAAUGUAUGCAAAUUUUUACCGUGAAGAUCCAUUAAAAUGUGGAUAUAUUAAAAAACCGGAUCAAUUACUACCAUACUAUGCUGUUAAUCGUCUAUCGGAAUAUCCAGGCCUGCCUGGAUUUAUUAUUGCCGGUGUAUUUUCCGGAUCAUUAUCCACUGUGUCAUCGUUUGUUAAUUCAUUAUCAGCUGUAACGCUUGAAGAUUAUCUAAAACCAGUGUUUAAACAAGAUGAAAUUUUUACUAAAAACGAAAUCAUCAUCACCAAAUUAUUGGCUCUAUUCUAUGGAAUUUUAUGUGUAAUGUUGACCAUUCUGGCUGAUCAGAUGACCGGAUUAUUGCAAGCAUCUUUGACAUUGUUCGGGGUGGUUGGAGGACCAUUGCUUAUGAUUUUUACCGCUGGUAUUUGUUUCCGUUCAAUAAAUUCCAACGGUGCUGCCACCGGAUUCAUCGUCAGCCUUAUGUUUGGUUUGUGGAUUGGUUUUGGUAGCAUGUUAUUUGGAAAACGGCCAAAACAAUUGCCGUUAUCCGAUGAGCUUUGUUCCAAUAAUAGCCAAGUGGGCAAUUCUACGAUUAUUCCAUAUUUUAAGCCAAAACCCAUCCCUUAUGAACCAUCGACAUUUUUUUUCUAUAACAUUUCCUAUCUUUGGUCGGCUGGUCUUUGUUGGGCUUUAGGUCUAGUUGUAGCCAUAGUUGUUAGCUGGUGGACAAAAAAUUCAUCCCUAGAUGAUGAUGACGAUGAUCGAAAAAAAAGAGUGCAACAAUCUCUUCUUCUUCCAUUAGUUCGUCAACGACUCAAUGUUGAUAGGCCAGCAAUGAAUGAUAUACAAACGUGUACGAUUGAAAAACAUAAUCUGCAAAAUGUUGAACACACAAAUGUUAACAAUGAGUCUAUAUAUCACCCAAAGUAAUGUGGUGAUCAAUUAUCAUUGCCUCUUAUUUUAUGUAUCAAGAUUAUUUUAUUUGGUUCUCACUUUAAAAUCUUAAAUAUUUUCUUAAUUAAUAGUUAAUUAAUAAAAGAUUGAAUUGAAA